AUGACACUCGAAUUAAGACCUCAAGGUGUUUUCAAAAGGCUAAGCGAUUUCGCUGCAGAUAAGUUUGGAUUGUUAAGCAGAAGGGAUCUUAGACCGCCGAGAUUCUAUUACGAUCAGGUAGUUGCGAAUCACAACCAUAUGGAACCAUUAUUACGGACCAUCCGGAGUUUCAAGAUGGACUCACAAUACUUAGUGAAUCUUUUGAAUUACAAACCUAGGUUUUACGGUGGACAGGCAGGUGUUUCUGCCUGGUACAAGCUGCCCGCAUCGAGAAGAUCGGCAGUGCUUGUGCUCCUAUUCAUGGGCAAGAGUGGGGAGUUACGAGUCAUAUUAACAAAGCGAUCUAGGAAACUUCGACACUUUUCAGGCCAUAUCUCUUUCCCUGGUGGAAAGGUUGAAGAUGAGCUGGAAUCACCAAUGCAGUGUGCGAGAAGAGAGACAGAGGAGGAAAUUGGAAUUAGCAGGCAUAACGAAACCUUGAGAAAGCUUUAUGAUUGCGAAAUCAGGGAGAUGAAAGUGCUUCCUUCUUACAUGGCUGGAACAUUGCUGGCAGUGGUACCGUGUGUAGGUUUUCUUCAUUGGGACGACAGAAAACUGAACUUUGUCGAAGAGCAAAGUCUGGACUCCUUGAGGCUAAACCCGGGGGAAUCUGCGUCGGUUUUCAGUGUUCCGCUUAGAGAUUUCAUACAACCUCGUCCCACAGGAUUACCGCUUCUUGAGUGUGUGAAGCAGUCACAUACUCGUGUUAAAUGGGGAAACAUGCCUUGGGAUCUCCGCAGAUUCAUUUUUCCGACGUUUAGUGAGCAAGAAGUGUCGUGGCUUUCGGAUGUGGAGGAUCUUUCUCCACCGUCUUCAGAGGAUGAUAAUCGGGAAAGCGGGAAAACCGGAAUGCCUACUCGUAAUUGCUGGGGACUCACAGCCAAUAUUUUGCACGAUUUGGCGGAAAUAGUGUACAUGAAUGAGCAAACGAAGGUAAUAGGCCACGAGGAUAUGAUCUGGGCAUCGUAUCAAAAUGGACAGAUGAAGCAGAAGCAGCGUAGUGCAUUUGAGAAGGGAUUGAUCAAGAAUCUGCCGGGUUACACGUUUGACGAAUAUCUUGGUCAUGAAGAGUUUGCCAAGCUCAAACAGACGUAUGGCGAACGAUAA